AUGCAUAGAAUUGGCAGAAUACUUGUGUUUGCAGUGCUAGCACGAGAAACACUGGCGUCUUUGGAGGGGGGAAUCUUUGGGGAUUUAGUUGACCCGAAUAACCCGUACUCCGCAGCCUUCCAUAGAGGAAACGGCAAUUAUCUAGACCCACCAGGGGGACAAAACCAGGGAUUGCACGGGAGCUUAGGAUAUAGCCCGAAUGGAGGCUUUUCAGGGAAUAUUGGAUAUAACGACAAUGGAGGACAUGGAGGACCCGGAGGACCCGGCGGAUAUGGAGGACCCGGAGGAUAUGGAGGAUAUGGAGAACACGGAGGAUAUGGAAGAAACCCGAAUAAGCCCCAUGGAUUUUCUCCUCUGCCGCCGUAUAAGAUACGAUACGACAAGCACGGGAACUUGGACAAGGACGGGAAGUACGACCAGUUUGGAAACCACUUCACAGGGAAAAGGCCGAACCACUAUUCGAGAAGCCCAUACGGAGGCUCACACAGAAGCCCAUACGGAAGCAACGGCCUGAAUAUGCCCUACAGCACCGUAAAAGACGGAAUUACAGCUGCGAAUGUGAUUGGAAGCUACUACAAUACGCUUGUCCAAAGGAAAGGCGAAAUAAAAGGAGCAAGCCCAAUAACGGGAAUACUAGCAUACCCGAAGGAUGGCGGAUACACGGACUACUGGGGUAAAAUCAAGUUUACCAUGGGCUCAGAUGGGAAACUGGUCGAUUCCAGCGGGUAUUUCAGCGGAGUUGCUGUGGGGAGCCGGGAGGAAAUACUGACUUCUGGGCACCUCACAGACAUAGGGUUCUACCAGCAAAAAGACCUCUCCAAGCAGAUCAUGGACAAAAACUAUAUCAGCGCAAAGGCACUUAUUGAGGACAUUUCCGCAACCACGAAGAAAGAUGUCAAAAGCCUGCACGAUGAAAAGCUGGGCCCAGAGUAUGUGGAGGCGCUAGCGAAACUUGCGGCAAGUGAUGCCAAAGGGGCAGUCGGAGCAAAAGAUGGCGCCAGCAAAAAUAAGUGCUUGACAGUGUGCAUAUGCAGUAAUGAUACCUGCACAGGGCCUUGUAAGUCUAUUAAGUGCAUUGAGCCUAUGUAUAUUCUAUAG